AUGACCUCACAGACCAACCCGGGCACCCUGGAUUCCGCAACCUUGGCCGGUUUUCGGGAAGCCUUUGAAUCCCAACCGUCCCACCAACUGAUGCAGAACGUCGUCACCCAGCACGACGUCAACGAUGUGGCGCUCGACCGCAAUAUCGUCGCUGCGGCAACCCACACGUUUUCCAAUGUCCUGGACGAUUGGGGCGUUACAAACCAGGCCCGCUCCGGCCGCUGCUGGAUGUUCGCCGGCCUGAAUCUGUUCCGGGCGGAAAGCAAAAACCUGCUCAACGUCAAAGAGUUCGAGUUCAGCCAGAGUUAUGUAAUGUUCUGGGACAAGAUUGAGCGAGCCAAUUACAUCCUGGAAGCAGUUAUCGAGACCGCCGACCGCCCCAUUGACGAUCGGGUGGUAGCUUGGCUACUGCACCAACCCCUUGGAGACGGCGGCCAAUGGGAUAUGUUUGUCAGCCUGAUGAAGAAACACGGCGUGGUCCCAAAGGCCGUGAUGCCCGAGACGGAAAGCUCCAGUAACUCGGCGCGCAUGAACGCCAGCCUGAACUACCAGGUCCGCCAGGGAGCUCGGAAUAUCCGCCAGAUGUUCACCAAAGAAGGGGGAUUGGUUGCUAUGCGCCAGGCCAAGGAGGAGGCUUUGCGUUCCAUUUAUCAAAUCCUCUGCAUCCACCUGGGCAACCCGCCGACAGACUUCGACUGGCAAUGGAAGGACAAGGACGGAGAAUUCCAUCGGGACGCCCGUAUGACUCCCCUGGAGUUCGCCGAAAAAUACAUCGCCACCCCUAUGGAGGAAUACGUUUGCCUGGUCCACGACCCGCGCCAGUCCAGCCCGCCGGGCCGCACCUAUACCGUCCAGUAUCUGGGCAACGUGGUGGACGGGGAACGGAUCAAAUACCUCAACGUAGACAUCGAUUUGAUGAAGGACAUUGCCAUGCGGAUGCUCCUGGACGGCAAGCCGGUCUGGAUGGGCUGCGACACAGGUAAGCAGAUGCACCGCGACAAGGGAUUGUGGGACGCCGAUUUGUUCGACUACGCCAAUGUCUAUAACGCCGAGUUCGCCAUGGACAAGGCGGAACGGCUGGAAUACCACCAGACAGCCAUGACCCACGCCAUGCUGUUUACUGGCGUGGACGUGGUUGACGGCAAACCGCGGCGCUGGCGGGUGGAAAACAGCUGGGACGACAAGGUGGGAGACAAGGGAUUCUUCCUGAUGAACGAUUCCUGGUUCGCCGAGUAUAUGUUCGAAAUCGCAGCCCCCAAAAGCUAUCUCCCCGAAGCCCUGCAGCAAGCCCUGGAUCUGGAGCCCAUAGUGCUGCCGCCGUGGGACCCGAUGGGAUCGCUGGCGGAUUGA